CUUCCUCUUCCUCGUCCUCGUCCUCUUCUUCUUCUUCUUGUCGUAGUCUUGACAGGGUCGCUGGAAAAGAAACCCCCGGUGGGGGGCACCUGGAAGUCCCACUCCCAACUCCGUCCAAGUUUCUGUUCACUUUCGGUGCAGCGGAGGACGAGCGCCGAGGUCGUGUCUCGUUCCGGACGAAUAGCAGUAGUUUGGACACUUGGCAACUUUUUGACCCCGCGUCGUCGCUGUCAAACCACGAACACGUGACCUCCCACACGUACUCGUAACGUCCACGGUGACCACGACGGCGCGCAGGCUGCUCUCUAAUGUCGGCCACGCGUCCAGUGUGAAGUGACGACGACGACGGCGACAAUUCGAGUACAACACACACGACCGGAUACAUGACCGUGGAUCACACUUCACGCAGGCACAACGCGGCGACACGAUGUGGAAUACGAAGACGACGCAGUGGCAUUGAGGCUGCCAAGUGAAUAUGUGACGUCUGUAAAGUGGAGGAGGAGACUAAUGAGACCCCCCUCCCCAGCUGCGUUGCCCCUUAAACCUGCUGGACAGAGACACCUUCUCCAAAUCAGACCCAAUUUGCGUUCUCUACACACAAGGCAUGGGCAACAAGGAGUGGAGGGAGUUUGGGAGGACAGAGGUGAUUGACAACACACUAAACCCGGACUUUGUGCGGAAAUUCAUUUUGGACUACUUCUUUGAAGAGCGGCAAAACCUCAGAUUUGACUUGUAUGAUGUUGACUCCAAGAGUGCCAACCUGUCAAAACACGAUUUUCUGGGCCAGGGCUACUGUACCCUCGGAGAGGUGGUUGGUUCUUUGGGCAGUCGCUUGGAAAAAGCUCUAGGAGGGAUUCCGGGGAAGAAAUGCGGGACUAUUAUUGUGAAAGCUGAGGAGCUGAACAACUGCAGGGAAUCUGUGAUGAUGCAGUUCUGCGGCAACAAGUUGGACAAAAAGGAUUUCUUCGGCAAGUCCGACCCAUUCCUUGUCUUCCACAGGAGCAAUGAGGACGGCACGUUUACCAUCUGCCACAAGACCGAGGUGGUGAAGAACACGUUGAACCCAGUGUGGCAGGCCUUCAAGAUCCCUGUUCGGGCCCUUUGCAACGGCGAUUAUGACAGAACAAUCAAGGUCGAGGUGUAUGACUGGGACAGAGAUGGCAGUCAUGACUUUAUUGGAGAGUUCAGCACCAGCUACAGAGAACUAUCCAGAGGGCAGAGCCAGUUCAAUGUGUAUGAGGUGAUAAAUGCAAAGAAGAAAGGGAAGAAGAAAAAAUACCUUAACUCUGGAACGGUAACACUGCUGUCAUUCCUGGUGGACAUCGAGGUCACCUUCCUGGACUACAUCAAAGGCGGGACCCAGAUUAACUUCACCGUGGCCAUUGAUUUCACAGCUUCCAAUGGUAACCCAGCCCAGCCCACUUCGCUCCACUACAUGAGUCCCUACCAGCUGAAUGCCUACGCCAUGGCCCUGAAGGCAGUAGGGGAGAUCAUCCAGGACUACGACAGCGAUAAGAUGUUUCCUGCGCUGGGCUUCGGCGCCAAGCUACCGCCCGACGGACGGGUCUCCCACGAGUUUGCCUUGAAUGGGAAUCCUCAGAACCCGUACUGCACAGGUAUCGACGGUGUGAUGGAAGCCUACUACCAGAGUCUGAAGUCGGUUCAGCUCUACGGUCCCACCAACUUCUCCCCCGUCAUCAACCACGUGGCCAGGUAUGCAGCGUCGGUGAAGGACGGCUCCCAGUACUUUGUGCUCCUCAUCAUCACAGACGGCGUCAUCUCAGACAUGGCCCAGACCAAGGAGUCUAUUGUCAACGCCUCCUGUCUGCCAAUGUCAAUCAUCAUUGUAGGGGUGGGGCCUGCAGAAUUUGAUGCCAUGGUCGAGUUGGACGGCGAUGAGAUCAGAAUUUCAUCCAGAGGAAGAUAUGCCGAGAGAGACAUUGUUCAGUUUGUCCCGUUCAGGGACUACAUCGACCGGACAGGGAACCACAUCCUAAGCAUGGCCCGGCUCGCCAAAGACGUCUUGGCCGAGAUCCCCGACCAGUUCCUCUCCUACAUGAGGACCCGUGGGAUCAAGCCAUCGCCGGCGCCGCCGCCCUACACGCCGCCGAGCCAACCCAUCCAAACCCAGAUAUGAGGGGGGGGGGGGGGGGGGGGUUUCGCGGACGGGGGGGUUCACCGAAAUGACUUUAACGCUCGAAAUACUUCCAAUUUCCUUAAAGCCGCUCUCCAUGCCUUGUUGUCGUGGGUCACGGUGGUCUUUCUUGUGUUCAGGAAGCUGCAUGUCGGGCCAAGGGAGUGGCGACAGGAAAAGCCAAUGAGAGUCUGUUUACUUCCACCAAGCAUUCCUGUUGCUGUCUGGUUUUUUAUUUUUGACCCUUUUUUUUGCCUGGGAAACUCAGUCAGGCUUUGGAGAGAGUGUGGAUUCUAGCAGGGAAUGAUCUCGUCUGCCCGACCCACCUGGAAUGGGAAGAGGGAAGGGAACGAAGGAGCGAUUCUUUAGAAACAUUGAAGAGAGAAUGUCUCCAGACACAACAAAAGGAAUCACUUGAUCUUAAAUGAACACAAACUUCUCCUGUAAAUAACUGGAUGUGUCUAAUCUCUCUCUCUCUCUCUCUCUCUCUCUCUCUCUCUCUCUCUUUCUUUCUCUGUCUCUCAGAUAACUCACUGUUUACAGUAAAUGCUGACAAGGAUUUUUUACUGCUGAUAAUUUUAUAUACACAUCGUUUCACUACGAAGCUUGUAAUUCUUUCCAAUUUCCUCCCAUGUAAUUCUCUCUCUCUCUCUCUCUCUCUCUCUCUCCUGGCGUGUGUGUCAGGUAGCAGCAGUGCAGGUUUCCUGGUAGCCCUUCUGUACCGUACCGUGCUGUACCGUACCGUACCGUACUAAAUUUUAGUGUGUAUUAACCUUUUGCAUGAGUGUAGCCUCAGUCAAGUGCAUGCGUUUAGUGGCACUACCUCCUCUACCCAUCUCGCCAUCUGUCCGUCAGUCUGUCCAUCUGUGUGUGUGUGUGGGGGGAGUCACAGACAUCACCCUGUCUGCCUGCCUGCCUGUCUGUCUGUCUGUCUGUCUGUCUGUCUGUCUGUCUGUCUGUCUGUCUGUCUGUCUGUCUGUCUGUCUGUCUGCACUGCUCUCAGGCCUGAGAUGUCUGCCUGUCUCCCAUGUUGCUGCGUUUCUUAUUUUUAUAUCAGUCUCUCUCUUACUCUCUGCCUUUCCUUUCUUUUGUGCCUCUGUCACAUUUACUAACUGUGUUUCCAUCCAACUGUUUUCUUUUCCCUUCUCCUUUUUUUCCCUGUGGGAGUUUUAACAGAGCAGAUGACGAUUAAGACUCAGUUCUGCUUUUUAUGCAUCCACAACCUAUUUCGGGUUCACUCGACAGUGUUCAGUGACUCAGUUUAACUGACGACAGAUUUCUUUCAGAAAUGUGAUGCCCCCUUCUUAAGGUGCCCAUUGUCCUCAAAAGCCAGUAUGUGCAUUAUGACCAUUAUUUCCAAGUGCAUUUGUAGGAAAUACAGCUCAACAUUAGCAGCAUUAUCAAAGGCUAAUUUGUUCGAGCCAACGCGACGAAGGUUCAAACCAUGCAAUGUCUGUUUUUCAGUAUUUCAAAGUAAACAAGUAGCAUUUUUUGGACUGUUGAAUGGGAACACAGCAACUUCUCUCUCUCUCACACUGUCUCUGUCUCUGUCCUUCAAACUGCCUUGGCAAUAGGAUGCCCACGUGCCCAGGGGUCUCGUCUCAUUGUGUCGUCCCAACACCCACACACACCUUGCCCCAUGUUUAAAACUGACAGCAGCUGCUCUCAAACAGAAAACAGUUUGAGCAAAAAAGAGCCCAGUGGUCAAAAAUGCAAAGAAAAACACACUUAACCCUAUGUCUGCCUUUUCGUUUCCAUUUAAUGUUUUUUAAAUUUUUUUUAAAGCACCUUUGAUAUAGCUUUUUAUAUGUUUUGUUAUUAUGGUGUGUAUUAUCAUAUGUGCCAAUCAUAUGUAAAAGGAUGAUUUGUCACUGACAACGUCACUCGUGCUUCUAAUUUAACGAAUGAUGAUGAUUUAAGAAUGAGAGGCUUUGUGUCGUGAACAAACGUGUGUUGACGGGACGAGUGACCGGGAUAAUGUGAACGAAUGAAGUGUGUUUGUGCGAAACAAAUAUUUCCUUUACAACAACACGUAAUGGAAUGUUUAAGAAGUCUUAACAAAAAGGAGGGAAUGAAGGAACAUUUGAACAUUUGUUCAAGUGGAGGUGAGUUACACUGCAGCAACCAAAAAUGUGGAAGUUAUUUUAGCGCUGCAGUAUCCAAGUGACAACUCCACACUGUGUAAUGGCCAAUUAUGAAUUAUCUGUAUGAUACAUGAACUGUUCUAGUGUUAUUAUUGAAUCCAUUUUCCAAAAACAAAUGAUCACAUAAGUCUUUAAUUGCAAUUACAAUACAUGAUAUUGUAUAAUAUACAUACAUAAAUUCACAUUCUAUUUAAUGUUAUGCCACAAAGCUUAUGACCACCACAUCAUCCACUGACUAACUCCAGGGAAACUUUUCAAUGAAAUCACUCUGAUCUGCACUAAUAUCACAACCUGCACAGUUGCAUUGCAGACGAGAUUUUAAUAUUUUUUUUGUGUAAACCAGUAAACUGGUACAAAGGCGGAUUAUACCCAAGCGACACGUACGUCCAGUGUGCAGUGUCCUACAAUUAUAACUAUAUUAUAACUCUAAUUAUAUAUUAGCUAAUAAGCUAAUGGGUCAUACCAGACCCAACAAAGAUGUACUGGCCAAACAUAUGAGCAAACUUUUUUAUGCUUGUGUUUUCUUUAUAUUAAAAUUGGCCGCCCAGAUUCAUACCCAGGACACACACACACACACACACUGACACACACACACACACACACACACACACUGACACACACACACACACACACACACACGUCAUCAGUCUGCCCCUGCCAACUACCUCCUAUCUCUAGUUAUGUGGUCUUCACUGAAUACUUAAUACUACUGCUCUUACUACAUUUCAAAUUCUGUUCUAAAAAUGUGACUUAGGUCAAAUCCAGUCACUGAAAUUGGAUCGGAGAAAUCCAAGAAGCAAAAUUCAAAUUAAUAGGAGGUACAUUUAGAUAAACGUUUUUCAAAAUAAGUUAUUUCAACGCAGUAAAAUCGGUUAUUGACAUAUCUUCAGUUUCAACAUAUAUGUGGUUGCUUAGAAAAUUUGAAUUCAUUUUUUAAAAUUAUUUUAAUUUACCUCUGUAUACACACACACACACACACAAAUUACUGCCAUAAGUGUAUGUUUGUGGUGGUCUGCUGUGUCGACAAAUAUACAUUCAUAUUUAUUUAAUUUUAAACAUACUUUUUUUUGUAACUUUUUAAUCAUAGUGCAACACUUUAACUUGCCAAGUCUCAUGAAGCUGUGAGUGUGUGUAUGUAUUUGAUAAAAGUAUACUUUGUGUAUACUGUGCGUGUGCCUGUGUGUGCGUGUGCCUGUGAAGCACCUUUAUACAAGAGUUUUAAUAGACUAUGUGAGGUGUUACACAUAAGAUCUUUGUUUACUAAAGCUAUCCAAAUAACAUAUUGUAUGCUCAUCGGAUCUUAACAACGUGCACUGUUUGCAUGUACAGUUUUACAAAGGAUGCACCAGUUCCUUUUGUGAAAAACCGAGUGUUUUCGAAUAUACAAAUCUAUAUGAAAAUGACCUGUACAAAAUGGCCUUAAAUCUUUCACUGAUUUUCUUGGAUUUGUGCGAUGCCUUCUUCAGAAAAAAACUAAUUGUUUAAAGGAAUUAACGGUGAUCUAUUUUGUGUCAGUGUUUCUAAAUUGCUUUUUAGUGUAUUUCCUUUGCACAAGUUCAAAAGAUUGAGUUGUCUUGUACUUUUUUGAAAUGGUGAUUAAUCAGAGAAAGCAUGGCUGAAGUUCUGAUUGUCCGAUAAUAUAUAUAUAAUAGAUGACUAUUUCUGUAUCAAACUAUGGAUUUUUGAAAUAAUAUUCAUAUUAAACACAACAUUUGCUGGA